GCCGGGGCAGGCAGCGGCCAUGGCGGCGCGGCUGGGGCUGGCGCUGCUGCUCAUGGCGGCGGCGGCGGCGCCGGUGCGGACGGUGGUGGGGGACGCACGGCAGGAGGCGGCGGUUCGGGCGCUGGCGAGGCGGUUGCUGGGCCCGCGGGCCGCCGCCGUGUCGCUGUCGGUGGAGGCGGCGCUGGCGGCGGGCGGGCCCGACACUUACCGGUUGCGUUCGCCGCCCGGCGCCGCCGUGGCGGUGGCGGUGACGGGUUCCAGCGGCGUGGCGGCGGCCGCCGGGCUUUACCGUUACCUACGCGACUUCUGCGGUUGCCACAUCUCCUGGUCCGGGGCGCAGCUCCGCCUGCCCGAACCGCUGCCGCGGCUGCGGGACGAGAUCCGCGUCUCCGCCGCCGGCAGGUACCGCUACUACCAGAACGCCUGCACCCAGAGCUACUCCUACGCCUGGUGGGACUGGGCGCGCUGGGAGCGGGAGAUCGACUGGAUGGCCCUCAGCGGCAUCAACCUGGCGCCGGCCUUCGCCGGGCAGGAGGCGGCCUGGCAGCGGGUGUACCGCUCACUGGGUCUCAACCAGUCCGAGAUCAACGCCUACUUCACCGGGCCGGCGUUCCUGGCCUGGAAUCGGAUGGGGAACCUGCGCAGCUGGGCAGGGCCGCUGCCGCCAGCCUGGCACCUCAAACAGCUUUACCUGCAGUACCGGAUCGUGGAGAGGAUGCGCUCGCUGGGGAUGAUCACGGUGCUGCCGGCCUUCGCGGGCCACGUGCCCCAGGGGGUUCUUCGGGUCUUCCCGCGCGUGAACGCCACUCGCCUCGGGGGCUGGAGCCACUUCGACUGCACCUACUCCUGUACCUACCUGCUGGACCCGGAGGACCCCAUGUUCCAGGUGAUCGGGACCCUCUUCCUGAAGGAGCUGAUCAAGGAGUUCGGCACAGACCACGUCUAUAGCGCCGACACCUUCAACGAGAUGACCCCCCUCUCCUCUGACCCUGCCUAUCUCUCGAGGGUCAGCAACGCCGUCUUCAGGUCGAUGACGGGAGCCGACCCCGAGGCACUGUGGCUGAUGCAGGGCUGGCUCUUCCAGCACCAGCCGGACUUCUGGCAGCCGGCGCAGGUGCGGGCCCUGCUGCACGGCGUGCCCCUCGGCCGGAUGAUCGUCCUCGACCUCUUUGCCGAGUCCAAGCCCGUCUACCAGUGGACGGAGUCCUUCUACGGGCAGCCCUUCAUCUGGUGUAUGCUGCACAACUUCGGGGGCAAUCAUGGCCUCUUUGGCACCGUGGAGGCCAUCAACCAUGGCCCCUUCGCGGCUCGGCGCUUCCCCAACUCCACCAUGGUGGGCACCGGGCUGGUGCCUGAGGGCAUCGAGCAGAACGACAUGGUGUACGAGCUGAUGAACGAGCUGGGCUGGACCCAGGAGCCCCUCGACCUCCCCAGCUGGGUGACCCGCUACGCCGAGCGCCGCUACGGCGCCCCAAAUGCCGCCGCGGCCAGUGCCUGGCGGCUGCUCCUCCGCAGCGUGUACAACUGCACCGGCGUCUGCGUCAACCACAACCGCAGCCCGCUGGUGCGCCGGCCCUCCCUGCGCAUGGACACCGAGCUCUGGUACAACGCCAGCGACGUCUACGAGGCCUGGCGCCUGCUGCUGAGCGCCGGCGCGGAGCUGGGCGCCAGCCCCACCUUCCGCUACGACCUGGUGGACGUCACGCGGCAGGCGGCUCAGCAGCUGGUGAGCGAAUACUACCUGAGCAUCCGCCGCGCCUUCCAGAGCCACGCGCUGCCGGAGCUGCUGACGGCCGGCGGUGUGCUGGUCUACGACCUGCUGCCGGAGCUCGACAGCCUCCUCUCCAGCCACAGCCUCUUCUUGCUGGGCCGCUGGCUGGAGAGCGCCCGUGCCGUGGCCACCAGCGACCGGGAGGCCGAGCAGUACGAGCUGAACGCCCGGAACCAGGUGACGCUUUGGGGACCCAGCGGGAACAUCCUGGACUAUGCCAACAAGCAGCUGGGGGGGCUGGUGCUGGACUACUACGGCGUGCGCUGGAGCCUCUUCGUCUCUGCCCUGGUGGAGAGCCUCAACUCGGGCAGCCCCUUCCACCAGGACCAGUUCAACCAGGCUGUCUUCCAAGUGGAGAGAGGCUUCGUCUACAACAAGAAGCGCUACCCGGCCGUGCCGGCUGGGGACACGCUGGAAAUCUCCAGGAAGCUCUUCCUCAAAUACUACCCCAGCGCCCUGCGGCGUGGCCGGGCCGGGCCGGCGUGACUUUGGGCUGUUCCUCCCAGGAUGGAGGGCAGAGACCUCACACCCUCCCACCUCCGGGGUCCCGCGGCUCCUGGCCUGACGGCCAAGUCCUGGCCACGCUGGAAUGAAGGCGCAGAGCCCUGGUGGCCCCCAGCCAGCCUGGUCCCUCUGCCCCCCCCGGCGUGGACGAACCCCGAGGGGAGCUGGCAGCUGGCUGGGGGAAGGCUCUGCCCCAGUGACCUGCCGUGCUCUGUGCUCAGCCCUGCUGGACCCACCUGCCUGCCCCGAGCCUGUCCCCGGGGAAGCUGGGCUGCCCCAGGCGUGAGCGCGGAGGUGACGUCUCCGCUGCCCCGGCACUUCCAGCUGGAAGCUCGAUGGGAGCCGGGACUGUGCAGAGGGACAGGGCACACACAUGUUCCUUCCGCGGGGGUGGUGAUGGCGGAGAAGCAGCCAGGGAGGUGGCAGCCGGACCGGGGCAGAGCAGCCCCUGCCCCGGGGGAGGCGGGGAACCAGCUGCCCCCCUGGUGUGGUCCUGGGCCUCCCCGCGCUGCCCCCUGCACCCCAGUGCCUGCGGGGACCUGCCGCUGCACGGCCCCAACCACGCUUGGUGCCUUUUGUAUCGGAAGAGACUUUGUGGAGUUUUCUACAGUGACGCUGGGGCUGCGCUCCCCGGGACAGGGGUUUCUAGGCCUUUCCAUGCACCCCCCCUGCCCUGGCUGGGGCUUGGGCAGUGCCUGGCCGUGGAGCUGCCAGCCGGCAGAGCGAUUAAAGGCCUGGCUGCCGA